ACUUUGUGUCAACACAUGUGCGUCCUCCGCAGCCAUGCGUUUUUAGGGAAGAAAACUUUUAUUUGUUGUAGUUUGCGGGUAUUUUAAAACGCAAAAAUGCCAAAAGACAUUUCAUCUUCAUCGAGCGAAGAUGAGGCGGACAGUCCUGCGACGGGAUCAGCGGCAAAGCAGAGAGAAGCCGUGUCGAAGACCACCAGGUACCAGUGUCCCGCCGACUUUGUGUCUUUCAGCCACGUGCCGUGCAGCAGCACUCUGACCGACAGCCUGAAGAGCAGCAACAACGAGCUGUGGCUCAUUAAGGCUCCUGCCUCCUUUAACCCGGAGUGUUUCAGUGGCAUCAAGGUGCCUCUCUCAGGCCUCCAGACCCUGAAGGUUCCCGCCGCCGCGGGUGGAGCGAAGACGGCGAGUGGGCAGCAGAUCUACAGCGUGCUGGCGUCCAACCAGGGCACCGCGGAGCUCCACCUGCUCACCAGCGAUAAGCGCUCGUCGGACUGCAUGGUGUUCGGUCCCACGUUUGCCGGCCUGCUGAACGUGUGCGAGAGCUUCGGGGACAGCAGCAGAAACCAAAUCCCUCAGGUCAUCCCCGCCGCUCCGGCUCCCUCCAUCCCGCCAGGGCUCAAGCAGCGAUUCCACCCGUUUGGCAGCAAAACCCCGACGCUGACCGCAGAGGACGAGGCGGACGGAGCUGCCUUCGGGCCCUCGUCCUCAACGCUGAAAAGAUCCGUAGAAGAAGCAGGUCAGGAGGAAGAGGAGGAGGAGGAGGAAGGGAGGAAAAAGAAGAAGAAGAAAAAGAAAGACAAGCGGAUGAAGCUGGAGGAGGAAGCGGUGAAAGUGAAAGAGGAACCUGCGGCUGAAAUUCAGGAACAAGCCGUCCAGGAGGAGAAGAGGAAGAAGAAGAAGAAAAAGAAGGACAGGGAGCGACAGGAGGAGGAGGAGGAGGAGCCCGGCGUGGAGGUGAAGGUGGAGGAAGAGGUGACUGUGAAAUGUGAACCGAUGGACGCUUCGUACGGCGACGCAGAGGAAAGUUCAGGAAAGAAGAAGAAAAAGAAGAAGAAAAGCAAAUCUGGCGACGACUAGUCUGAUGUCACUCCUCUGCCUGAUGCUUGGUUCUAUUUUCUGUUUAUUUCUGACCUCAUGAGUCUGCGUGGGAGACGGUUUACAACUAAUUUACUCCAGCUCAUUGAUGGAUUGCAUAAUGCAAGACUUUGGCAGGACGUCGUGUUCAGCGAAAAAAAAAAGAACACAUCAUGAAUCAAUUGAACAGUGAGAUGAAUUAUAACGUGGAUUCAUUCCAGCAUCCUUAAGGCCAAUGUUCCUUUAAUUUUGAGCUCAGAAAGUGAUAGUUUUCCACACAAAGAAUGCGUGCAGCCGCAGGCAGCAGUGACUACACCAGGAACAGGAGCAUCCAUAGGCGCUGAGCUUCUGCGUUUUCUUCUGCCAGUGUCUGUCAAGUUGUGGAGGAUUUUUAUAGGAUUAUUCUCUCCACUCUGGUGCUGCGUUUAUUUACACGACCGGCAUCGGUGGUUUGGCAGCAGGUUCAGAAAAAAACAGAGUCGAUGUAUAAAAGACAGAAUAACGAGCCGGUGUCACGUAAGAUUUAUCGAACGGUCCGAAUUCGGAGGUCGUGCUCGUGUGCAGGAGAACACAUGGUACGAAAUAAACUCUGAAAGUGAUUAAAGGAGGAGAAAUGAAAAUGAAAAAAACCUGUUUGUCCUGCCGUUGGCCCUUCGCAAAAGUGUACAGCAACAUUUUCCUCUCAUGCCCUGUCAGGAGCGCUGAUUUCAUCCAGAAGGAAUGAAACUUGAAUUUGUGUCGUAACUCCGACCGCGGCUUUUAAAUCGUGGAACAACAAGAAAGUUCCCGAUUUGCGGAGCAGCUCUCUGAGGACGUCGGGCGCGAGUGUCCGAUAAACUCUUCUGUGCACGAUUGUUUUGUGAAUGAAGAGCGUGUUAUAUCUGAAACAGUAAUAAAAUUGUUCAUUUGGUACAAA